CCAUUGGYAGAUUAUUUCACUUGUAACAUGGAGAAAAUGUUUAAAGUGACAUUAUUUGCCUUUGGAACUGAUACUUUUUCAUCAAYACRAGCUCUUGUUUACAAGCUCUUGUUUCUUGUUUCUAAUUUAGUUUWGUCUUAUUUCAGAUAUUUGCACUAGAAACCAGACCAAAAUUACCAGGUAAUUUUGUGUUUUUGCAGUGUAAGCUUUAAAUUACAUCUUUUUAAACACCUCAAACACACUAGAGAUGGAAAUACAAAGAGAUGUUUGAAAAUAUUACACUUUUUUUGAAUCAUACCAAAAAUAAAAAUAAAAAUCAGAUUCUGCAGCAUCUCAAAUCCCAACUACAACUUCUUCAGAAGAAUUAAACUCCUUUAAUUUACCACAUUUCCCUGAAAUCUUAAACUUUAUAGUAUGUUUUAAAUCUCUAAGUGACUUAUGAACUGUAAACAGGCAGACUGGGGGCAGAUCCACAGAAAAGAUUUCGUAAUCUGUUGAUCAUGGUGCAUCUCCUCAGSUUGUUUGACGGACAGUUUGUGGGGAAAUCAGAGUGGCUGGGGUUAAAGGUCAACRGGGACAAAGUUCCACGUAAAACCCGACUCAAAARCACAGCRAUCCUGCUAACAGUGGCACGUAAACACAAACGUUGCAGACAAAUUAAAAUCUGUGUUUUUCRCUUCAUGUCUGAUUCRGAGCGUAAUGUGGGGAAGUUUGAGCGUCCUGCUCUGCGUUGCCUUUGCCUCUGAAAUGGACUGAGGUAUCGACUGGACAUGUGGGAGGGCAAACAGAAGAGCAAACAUUUACUCCUCUUUCACCAACUGAGCGUGGCGAGCAUUGUCCUGUGUGUGUGUGUGUGUGUGUGUGUGUGUGUGUGUGUGUGUGUGUGUGUCAUCAUCUUCCUCAGGAAUCCCAGCUGCAGCCGAAGAGGACAAACUCACUCAAUCAUCCGCCAACAGGAGAGAGGAGUCGGGAUUUUCACCAACUCUGAAUGAAAACGUGCAUGAUGAGCAGCGGAGUGGGGYUGGUUGUCGCGGCGCUGCUGUGUUUCUGCAGCUCCGCGUUCGGGCAGACAGGCGUGGACGGCCAGCGAGGCGUUCUGGUUUUCUGCGAUGACCCGUCAGUGCAGAAGGCCGUCACCAGCGCUUUGCACGAGUUCAACAGCAAGCUGACCGUCGGGCAGCAGCUGGCUCUGUUCGAGGUCAGAGUGGCCAAGAAGACAGAGGACGGAUCCGACUCCAUGUACUACCUGGAGUUCACCAGCAGGAGGAGUGACUGUCCAGCAGGGGGCAGCAAAAACUGGACAGACUGCGACUAUCUUCCCACCGGAGCUCUGGCAGCAAUUUCAUGCAACUCUACAGUCCACAUGAAUGAGAAAGAAACCGUCACUAAAGAGGUUUACUGCAAUAUGGACGACUACAUUUCCUCAGAGAAAGCGAAGUGUUUGGGCUGCCCUGUGGAGAUCGCWGAAAACUCAGAGGACCUUAAAGUUCCUCUUUUAGCAUCUGUGUCCAAGUUUAACUCCAUUUCCAACUCAACUCACCUGUUCACCCUGAACAGAGUCGGCCAUGCCACCAGACAGGUUGUUGCAGGUUUCAGGUACAAGCUGAGAUUCGACAUGAAGAAAACAACGUGUGCAAAGGCUGAGCACAAAGAUCUCAACGACCUGUGUGUCCCAGAUGUGGACAAUGAGGAGUUUGUAAACUGUAACGCUACGGUGGAUAUGGCACCAUGGAGACUGGAGCAGCCGGGUGUCUUCCUGGGACAGUGUGAAAACAGAGCCCUAACUUUGUCCCGGCGCCGUCCUCCCGGCUGGUCUCCACUCAGGAACCUGGAUCCGCCUCCGUCCCCCUCUUCACCGUCACAGUCUCCUCCAUCGAUACAAUCCCCCUCCAAGGCUCCAACCAAAGAGGAAUCAUCCGAGGAGGACACGACGGCCUCCAAACCGUCARCCUCCCCCAACGCCAACAAACACCCCUUCCACUGCCCCUCCACCCCCUGGAAACAGUUCAAGCCGGUCCAACCCGUAGCGCCGUCAGACGUAGCAAAGGCCUCCCAGAAGCCGCCAGUGGAGGGAGAUUUCAGUGAUACUGACCUGCUGUCUUAGUUAUCUCUCAAGAAGCCGCAUUUAUUGUAUGUUCAGAUAAAAAAAAAAAGGUUGUGUCCUCAAUGAAUUAUGUUUAACUUUUUUUUUCUUGUACACAAGGAUCCAUUGAUGAUUAAAAUCUUUCCAGAACUACCUUCGGGGCUAAAAGCUAACCUACUGUUAGCAGACAUACUGUUAUAGUAACCCCCGUUUCUCUAUUCUUUGGUUCACAGUAACCAGAUUUUCUAUUUAAAAGUGUUUAGGAGUAAUAUAAUUCAGGCUUUCUGGAUGUCUUCAGAAACUUCUUUUUGCCCAGAAUUUAGGCAGCAUGGUACAGAUUAGCUACAAAAGUUAGCUAGUAUAUGUUUGUCACCGGCAUAGUCACAGAACAUAAUGAAGAUGUCUGUGUGCGACCCAAACUUUUGCCUGAUUGAAAAGUCUCACGACAAAAAUAAACUACAUUGAAUAUGUUAAAACUAAGAGCCCCAUCUUGUACUGCUAAUUUCCUCUAGUCAUUKUCGCAGGAAUAUAUUUUCUUUUAAGGCCAUUUAACUCACAUUUGUGAAUCCUUCACCCAUAAGUGAGGUCUGAUUCCCAAAGACCAACUAACCUAAAACGCAUAAUAAAUGAAGAGCAGAAGAAUCAUAUAUCAGGGUUACAAUUUGCUGUUGUGGCCAUGCUAAAAUUGGAUAGAAAAUUAAGAGAAAAAGCCAAAUUUC